UAAGCAACGGGGACUCUAAACAAAGUGUCGUGGACGCGUGUAAAGCGGUGUAGUCUCUGUAGCAGUGUUCCAUCAAUACUGUAUUCAAACUGUAAUUUCAAUGGCUGGAAAAAAGAAAGAAGCGAGCCUGCAGGUGGCUAUUACUAAUCAAGGGCAAUGGGAUGAGUUGCUGGCAACAAAGGGAUUAAUAGUGGUGGAUGUGUAUCAACGGUGGUGUGGACCCUGCCGUGCUGUCUUCAGUCUGUUCCGUAAAAUUAAGAAUGAACUGGGGGACAACUUGCUGCAUUUUGCCACGGCAGAGGCAGACAGCGUGGACUCCCUGCAGAGAUACAGGGGGAAAUGUGAGCCCACCUUCAUGUUCUAUGGAGGGGGGAGUCUGGUUGCUGUGCUGCAUGGGGCUAAUGCCCCCCUCCUGCAGAAGAUGGUGCUGGAGCAGCUGGAGCAGGAGAAGAGAGUGAUGGAGCAGGGUGCAGAGAGAAAGGUGGAAGAGGAGCUGGUGGAGAAAGACCUGGGCAUCACACAUAAUGAGAAAGUUCCUGUCCGUAAAUCGUAUACAAUAGCAGUGAUAAAACCAGAUGUCGUCACACAUGGCAAAGCCAACGAAAUUAUCAUGAAGGUUCAGGAGGCUGGCUUUGAGAUCACAGGCCAGGAGGUGCGAAUGCUCACCAGGGCUGAGGCAGAAGACUUUUACCAGCAUAUGGCUGCAGAGCCUUAUUUCAGAGAGCUGGUGCAGAUCAUGUGUAAUGGCUCCUCUCAUAUCCUGCUGAUAUCCCAGUCGGGUGAUGUCAUCCAGACUUGGAGGAAGUUCAUUGACACAGCAACCAUGGAGGGGGCCAAAGGGGAGGUGACAGACAGCUUGAAGGGGCAGUGUGGUGCCGGCAUGUUGUCCAAUGCAUUGCAUGGCUGCAGUGACAGAUCUCAGGCCAACAGGGCACUGGCCUUGUUCUUCCCCAGCUUCAGACAUGCAUUUGCACACUUGCAGGAUGGAGCAGAGGAAAGCACUGUGGAGAGGACCCUGGCGCUGAUUCCUCCAGCAAUAAGCAGAGAGGACAUCAUCCUUCGUAUCCAAGCUACCGGACUUAGCAUAGCCAUGAAGAGGGAGCUACUGUUAACAGAGGAGCAAAUCAGGCAGUUUUACUGGCAGCAUCUGCAAGAGGAUCACUUCCCAACUCUUCUGAAGAGCAUGAGCAGUGGGCCCAUCCUUGCCCUUGUCCUCUCUGGGCUUGGCGCUGUGAAGAAGUGGAGGAGUAUGCUGGAACUGCAGGAUGUUGAUUGGGCCCAGCAAGAAUCUUCAGACAGUCUAGCAGCUGAGUUAGUGGCACAUGGUGAGCCCAACAACCUGCUGUACGGCAGUCACACCCCCAACCAGGCUGAGCAGGAGAUUCAGGUUGUCUUCCCACCAGAGCAGACACUGGCACUCAUAAAACCAGAUACCGUUGAGGAACAUAAAGAUGAAAUUCUCAAGGCAAUCCAGGAUGCUGGAUUCUCCAUCCUUCAUAUGAUGGCGGUCUGCCUGUCUCAGGCUGACAUUGAGAAGCUGUACAGGAAGCUACAGGACAAACCCUUUUUCAACCAGCUGGUGGAUUUCAUGUGUAGUGGGCCCUGCAUGGCACUUAUCCUUAGCAAAUUCAGAGCUGUGCAUGAGUGGAGAGCAAUGAUGGGCCCAACUGACCCGUGCCAGGCCCGCGAGACUGCCGCAGAAUCCUUGCGGGUCCAUUUUGGCAAGGACAUUCUACAUAAUGCUGUGCAUGGUUCCUCCAGCUCAGAACGCGCCAAUGAGGAGAUCCAUCUUGUGUUUGGAGAUGUCUGCAGGGAAGAGAAUCAAGCGUCCCUGCUGCAUGGUAAUAUGGGCUCAUAACAAGCAUUUCACUAUGUGCCCAGUUCACUACAUGAGGACAAUCUAAUACCAGUGCUGUCCUUACCCAUUUGGAUGUUAGGCAAAGAAGACAGUCAACUACCUUUAGAGGGGGGGAAGGCUAAUGGUAAGAACCAGCUGUUUCAUGCUGAGAAAUAAUGUAAAAUAUAGAAGGAUCAGUGUUGAAAGGUACUGGGAUAUUCUCUAAUGGCUUAGAACUAGCGAAUGAAGAUCUAGAGCUCAUAGAUCUGCCUUUGCUUCCAGUGAAGGAUGGAUGCAGCACCCAUCCACGACUACUGUGAUGCUAGAGGGAGAGGCAGGGGAAGGGGUCCCAUAGUUCAGCACAGCCACCACCUCAACACCAGAGGAUAUACAUCCUGAGCAGGAGAAAACACAUACAUGGUGAUGAAUGUACUGCACCAUCAGAUACACAGGAAAAAACACCCUACACAAAGGAAAUUUACAUUAUAUCCUUAUACAGUCAUGUGAAAAAAUUAGGACAUCCCAUUAAAUAUGUAAUUCUUCAUUAAGAAAUAUCAAAAUAUCAGUAUUAAAUAUUCUUUCAAAUUAUAUCUUUAGAUAGAGCUGAUGUUAUUGCAUCAGCUAUGCAAAAACUAGAAACAUAUUCACUUAUUUAAGAAAGGAAAUUAACUAAGAUGCCAAUUCCUACUGAGGAAAAAGUUAGGACACCCUGUGCCCUAAUAACCAGUAUUUCCCCCUUUAGCUGAAAUAACCUAAAUGAGACAUUUCCUAUAACCAUCUAUCAAUCUCUGACAUCGACUGGCAGAAAGUUUUCCCCAAUCUCCAAUGCAGAAUUCCUUAUGCUGUGUGAUGUUUGAAGGGUGUCUUGCAUGCACUUCUGCUUCAAAUCACCACACAGCAUCUCAGUAGGAUUCAGAUCCGGGCUUUGACUUGACCAUUCCAGAACUCUCCAUUUAUUCUUGUAAGCCAUUCCUUGGUAGAUUUACUGGAAAGUUUUGGGUCAUUCUCAUUGGCAUGGUCCACCCUCACUUCAGCUUCAACAUCUGGACAGAUGUUUUCACAUUGUCCUCAAGCACCCUAUGAUGAAUAAUUCAUAGUGGAUUCUAUGAUGGUGAGCUGGCCAGGU